CGGCGGGGGCCCGGCCUGCGGCUAGUGCGAGCCGCCGAGCGAGCAGCGGGCGCGGCCGCCCGAUCCCGCCAUGAAGAAGAGCGGCUCCGGCAAGCGGGGGCCUCCGGAUGGAAACCAGCAUUCUGCGGCGCCCGAGAAGGUCGGCUGGGUCCGGAAAUUCUGCGGGAAAGGGAUUUUCAGGGAGAUUUGGAAAAACCGCUAUGUGGUGCUGAAAGGCGACCAGCUCUACGUCUCCGAGAAGGAGAGUGCCUUAUCAGCCUCGUCCAAGCCAGGAGAGCUCCCUCCCUUCCCUUGGGAAGCAGAACAAGUAAAAGAUGAGAAAAAUGUCCAAGAGGUGUUUGACCUGAGUGAUUAUGAGAAGUGUGAAGAACUCCGGAAGUCCAAGAGCAGAAGCAAGAAAAACCACAGCAAGUUCACCCUGGCCCGAUGCAAGCAGCCAGGCACCACGGCACCCAACCUGAUCUUCCUGGCAGUGAGUCCCGAAGAAAAGGAGUCAUGGAUCAAUGCACUGAGCUCGGCCAUCACCAGAGCUAAGAACCGAAUCUUGGAUGAGGUCACCGUUGAGGAGGACAGCUUCCUUGUCCAUCCUACUCGAGACAGAGCAAAGAUCCAACACUCCCGCCGCCCUCCCACGCGGGGACACCUCAUGGCUGUGGCUUCGACCUCUACCUCAGAUGGGAUGCUGACAUUAGACCUGAUCCAAGAGGAAGACCCUUCCCCUGAGGAGCCAGCCUCUUGUGCUGAGAACUUUCGGGUGGAUCUGGACAAGUCUGUGGCCCAGCUGGCUGGCAGUCGCCGGAGAGCGGACUCCGACCGGAUCCAGCCCUCUUCACACCGGGCAAGCAGCCUUUCUCGGCCUUGGGGAAAGCCAGACAAGGCUCCCUACACCCCCCAAGCCCCGAAGAAGUUGACCUCUACCGAGAAGGGCCGCUGUGCCUCCCUGGAGGAGAUCCUGUCGCAGAGGGACACUGCCCCAGCCUGCCCCCUCCACCUUCGAGCUGAGGGAUCCCCAGCCCCUGUUCCCUCCCAGCCAGGGCAGCUGUCCCGGAUCCAGGACCUAGUAGCCAGGAAACUAGAGAAGACUCAGGAGCUGCUGGCAGAGGUUCAGGGACUGGGAGACGGCAAGCGAAAGGCCAAGGACCCUCCACAGUCUCCACCCGAUUCUGAGUCGGAGCAGCUGCUGCUGGAGACAGAGAGGCUGCUGGGAGAGGCUUCGUCCAACUGGAGCCAGGCAAAGAGGGUGCUGCAGGAAGUCAGGGAGCUGAGAGACCUGUACAGACAGAUGGACCUGCAGACCCCCGACUCCCACCUCAGACAGACCUCCCAGCACGGUCAAUACCGGAAGAGCCUAAUGUGAAGGAGGGGGGCAGGUCUGGAACUUGGGGGGGCAUAGACUGUAUCUCCAAAUGUUGCAGGAUAAAGCUUUUUUUAUUUACCUCAAUCAAAAAAAAAAAAAAAAAUCAAGCUC